AUGCUGCUCUUACGCUGCAUACGACAAGUCGCUCAAUUGCGCUCGUCGCUCAGUCUCGCCUCGACCACGUCGCUCCUUCAGUCUUCUCUUCGCCCUCUAGCCGCAUCGCAACCCGCACAAUCUCGCACAUUCUCAUUGCUGUCAGCUAGACGUCCAACACUUCCCUCCACACCGACCUCGACACUGUCGCUGAACACGACCCUCGAGCUCCCAACUCUGCCAGCCGCUUCCACCACACUCACCCUUCUGCAGGCCAGAGGUCCCAAGAGAGAUACAUACGACCCCUCGCACCGCGUGAGAAAGCGAAGAAGUGGUUUCCUUGCUCGUAUCCGCUCAAGGAACGGUCGCAACCUGAUCAAGAGAAGACUUUUGAAGAAGAGAACCACUCUCAGCCAUUGA